GUCUGGAAGCUUACCCGACACUGAGAAUAGCUAACAACUGGACAACGGCGCGACUUCAUUCUUGAAGACUCUCCACGUCUUUUCUUUCUAUUCAAUAUUUACUGUAUAGUUCAGACUUCGGAGAAUAUAGAUUGUCAAGACCAGAUUUACUGUCAGUAACUUACAUAUAUUUCGUUAAACGAGGGAUUUUGGUCUUGCCGACUGUCAUCCAUCAUUUCUGCACCUCUAUCCGUCGACCACCAAGGAAUGCCAAGAGAACUGACUCAGAACCGGAUCCAAAAGCUCUGGAUUCCAUCUAAAGAUGAUAAACCGGCUGUGCCCACGCGUGCAGGGCAAGGCCCCCAUCUGGCCAACCCCCCCACUAUGAUCGUCAUGGUGGGUCUCCCCGCCCGGGGCAAGACCUACAUGUCCAGGAAACUCACACGCUACCUCAACUGGAUUGGCAUGCCCACUAAAGUCUUCAACGUCGGAGAGUAUAGGAGAGAGGCAGUUAAACACUACAGCUCCUUUGACUUCUUCAAAGCAGACAAUAAGGAUGCCGUGAAGAUCAGGAAUCAAUGUGCCUCGGCAGCCCUGAGGGAUGUCAAAGUGUACCUCACCGAGGAGGGGGGUCAAGUCGCAGUGUUUGAUGCCACGAAUACUACAAGGGAGAGAAGAGAUAUGGUCCUCAACUUUGGCAAUGAAAAUGGCUUCAAGAUCUUCUUCAUCGAGUCCGUUUGUGAUGAUCCCAGCGUUAUAGCUUCAAAUAUAAUGGAAGUGAAGGUGUCAUGUCCAGAUUAUCAGGACUGCAAUAAGACAGAUGCCAUGGAAGACUUCCAGAAGAGGAUCGAGUGUUACAAACAGAGCUACGAACCCCUGGACCCUGACAAUUACGACAGGAACAUGUCCUUCAUCAAGGUGAUUGACGUGGGCCGCCGUUUCCUUGCCAACCGCAUCCAGGACCACAUCCAGAGCAAGAUUGUGUACUACCUGAUGAACAUCCACGUCCAGCCCCGCACCAUCUACCUCUGUCGCCAUGGCGAGAGCCAGGACAACCUGCAGGGCAAGCUGGGAGGAGACGAGGGGCUGUCGUCGCGUGGCAGAAAGUUUGCCUCGGCGCUGGCCGGCUUCGUGGAGGAGCAGAACCUGAAGGACCUGCGCGUUUGGACCAGUCAGCUGAGGCGCAGCAUCCAGACGGCCGAGGCCCUUGGCCUGCCCUACGAACAGUGGAAGGCCCUCAACGAGAUUGAUGCUGGUGUGUGUGAGGAAAUGACAUAUGAGGAAGUGAAGGAGAAGUAUCCCGACGAGUUUGCCCUGAGAGAUGAGGACAAGUACUACUACCGCUACCCUUCUGGAGAGUCAUACCAGGAUCUGGUGCAGCGCGUGGAACCGGUUAUCAUGGAGCUGGAACGUCAGGAGAACGUUCUGGUGAUCUGUCACCAGGCCGUGAUGCGGUGCCUGCUGGCUUACUUCCUGGACAAGAGUGCAGAUGAGAUGCCAUACCUUAAGUGUCCUCUUCACACUGUCCUGAAGCUCACACCUGUGGCUUAUGGUUGCAAAGUGGAGUCUAUCUCGCUCAAUGUGGAGGCAGUGAACACACACAGGGAAAGGCCUGAGGAGGUGAAGCGCGGUCCAGGCUCACUGAUCCGCAGGAACAGUGUGACUCCUCUGACCAGCCCUGAGCCCCUGAAGAAGCCCCGCAUGGAGGGGCUGGACGAGCCAUCCGGCCUGCUGCCCGAGGGCCUGGCUGGACCUCUGCCCAGUGCGCUGGCCCUCUGCAGCUCUACACACCUGCCACUGGCUCUCGCUGGACCGCACUGGCUUGGCAAAGCUUGUCUAACCUGAACAGGGGGUCACUAGAUUGCCGAGAACGCCCCCAGCUCAGCCAAUGAGAUUGCUCCGUCACGUCACCUGACCCUUAACCAAGAAGGGGUGGAACUGGCGAGGCUGUGUUGGCGAGGCCUGAUGCUUUUAGUGUGUUUUUUUGGUAGCAGUGCCCAGGCAAGGCUGCUCAGUGCCCACAUCUGUGGGCAUAUUGUGGGCAGUGCCAUGGGCACCAACCCCAAAAAGGGCUCUACUAGCUUGAGCACUAAUGCUAACUAUUUCAGUGAAGCUGCUUCAUUCUUUUGUCUUAUUUUACUUUCGAUGGACUAAUUAUCUCAGUCUUGUCGCUGUGUGAUGACGAGGAAUGACUACAGGGUGUAACAUGUUUUGCUGCUACUGCUGUGUGUGUGUGUGUGUGUGUGUGUGUGUGUGUGGGUGUGUGUGUGGGUGUGUGUGUGUGUGUGUGUGUUGGGUGGGUGGGUGGGUGUGUGUGUGAGAGAGAGAGAGCAAGAAACAAAAGUGAGAAAGUGAAAAAAGAGUAUGUUUAUGGAAUGGCAUUUUCAAUCAGGAAAGAGUCUUGUGUUAAGAAUGGGAGUACGCACGACAUUUAUAUGUAUUGUUGUUUCUGAUUUUCUAACAGGAUUGAAUCAAACUUUAAUUAAUUGAUUAUAUCUGAUUAAUGAAUUGCCUAGAGUGCCUAGCGUGUACAGGCUGCUAUCAAGUCUCCUGCCUCUUAGAUUGGGCUCGGGCUUCUGUCUAUAUAUUUUUUUAUAGACAUAUCUUAACAUUUCGUUGUAAAGUAUCUUUCUAUGUACAGCCACCAUAAUCUUAUCCUGUAAACAUAUUUCAUAUUGGAUUGUGUUGCUCUUUACGCUGUGAACUAACUGCACAGGUUCAAUAAUCUGCUCUGGUAAUGUCUUUGUACACUUGUUAGUGGGAUAUUUGGUAGAUGUUGCUUGUUGACUUCAAGCUGUUACCAAAACAGUUGCUUAUUUUUGUUUAUUUGUUUUUUUUUGUAUUUCAGCUCUAAUCAAUGUAGCCAAUUGUACAAAGAAUUGUAAAAUACUGUUAACAACACUAAGAGCAGAGUUGGGAAAAGUUGUUGGAUUUGUGCCGGAUUGCCUGUGAGGUUUUUAUAGCAUGAGCUGUAUUGAACUCUGUUGUGGAGUUCUAUCAGAUGAACUGUGUCUGGUUUCUGAUUGGCUAAAAGGCGAAUAAUUUAGUCACGUGAUCUGAAUGUGACAUCUCAUCCUUCUGUCAUUGUUAACUAACACAUGCAGUCGAGCUUAUUUUGCUUGUGAUACUUGAAUAUUAUUUUUUAAAAGAAAAAAAGCAAUAUAAUUUUGUUAACACUAUUUAUUUAUUUUGAAAGUUGUGUAGAGACGUGUAUCUCUGAGAAAUGUAAAUAGUUUAUUUUGCAUUUGCUGGACCAAUAAAUGUUCCCAUGGAAACAAA